CGGCAAUUUUGAUUCCGCUUUUUGCUCGCGCUCAGCCUGGAUCUUCUUUCUUCCUUUCUUCCCUUCCCCCACCAUCCUUUGCUUUCAAUUUAACAACGUCUUCUAACUCGUCAGUCCAAAAGUUGUUGCCAUACAUUACUGGCUUUGAAGUCUGAAACCAGUUUAAUUAUCAGGGGCAGGUGACAGCUCCAACCGUUACAGUCAGCAAAAGAAAGGAGAAGGAAGAAGAAAAAACAAAACCAAAAAAAAAGACCGGAGAAAUACACUGGCCGCGAUGAAUAGGCCACCACCCCAAGGUCGUGGUCAGCCACGGCUAGGUGCAACAUGGUAUCCAGGGGGUCAGGAUGAUUUCUACAUGCCAGAGGUCAUAUCCCCAUCUCCUCAAAGAGUCAUGCCCGAGGUACCGGAGAACAUGCAAGACAAUAUAGCGCAGCUUGAGCACGAAGCUCGAAACCCGCAUCAUAAUCCGCACGCUCCAGUGCAGUAUGACCGCUCUCGCUUCCCCGAGCGCUCUUCGUCCGCCUUCUCACAAGACCAGCCUCACCCGUCCGCCUAUGAACCUGCCGCCUAUUACGAGCAGCAGGACGCGGCUCCCGAUAACAUGGACGCUCCGAAUUUCUCCCCCUUUCCUGUCCUGCGAAACCCUCCACCAAAUGUUCCCCCAACCGAUGAGCAGAGGGAAGCCAACUUGGAAAGAGCACGAAUGGCGGUGCUUUCCUCCAAUGAUCCGGAGAUGCAGCUAGCCUGGGCCCAAGACGCGCUCGCUUUUGUCGAGGUUGCUAUGCAGAAUGAGGCCCGUCUGUCUUUAAUCCAGCCACCGCGGCCACAAACUCCUCCCGUGGAGCGUCAACUCAAACUUGACGCGAUGAACAUAGUGAACUUCCUCGCGGAACAACAUCAUCCCAAGGCUGAGUUCCUAAAAGGCAUGUGGCUCGAGUUUGGGAAAUUUGGAUAUCGCGUGGACAAGAAGGAAGCUUUCCGAUCUUACUCAAGAGCGGCGGACAAAGGAUAUGCCAGGGCCGAAUAUCGCAUUGGCAUGCAGUUUGAGAGUUCCGGGGAACCAGAGAAAGCCAUUAGACAUUACGAGAAGGGUGUUGCCCUUGCAGACUCUGCUUCAUUCUAUCGCUUGGGGAUGAUGAUCCUGCUGGGUCAACAUGGUCAGCGUCAAGACUACCAGAUGGGCCUCGAAUACAUUAGCCUCGCGGCGCAGUCCUGCGAUGAGAAUGCCCCUCAGGGAGCUUAUGUUUAUGGCAUGCUGCUGGCGCGAGAGUUGCCACAGGUCAAUGUCCCUGAGAGCUAUCUCCCGCUUGAUCUUAAUGCCUCCCGCGUCAACAUCGAAAAGGCUGCGUAUCAUGGCUUUGCCAAAGCGCAAGUCAAGAUGGGCGCAGCUUAUGAGCUGUGCCAACUGGGCUGCGACUUUAACCCUGCCUUGUCCUUACAUUACAACGCAUUAGCUGCACGUCAAGGUGAACCCGAAGCAGAAAUGGCCAUUAGCAAGUGGUUCCUCUGCGGCCAUGAAGGUGUCUUCGAUAAGAAUGACGAGCUGGCGUUCACAUACGCCCAACGUGCCGCUCAAAGCGGAUUUCCUACCGCCGAAUUUGCCUUGGGAUACUUCUACGAGGUUGGAAUUUUCGUUCCAGUGGAUAUCAAGGAAGCUAGAAGCUGGUAUGCCAAAGCUGCCGCCAAUGGGAACAAGGAUGCGACCGGCCGUAUCGAUAGUAUCUCUCGCUCCAAAACCUUGUCCAGGAAGGAUCACGAACAAGUGGCAAUCGCUCGGAUCAAGUCGCGCUAUGGAUCAGGUCAGCGAGGGGGUCAGCUGAAGCCGACUCCGGAAAAAAUCGAAAUGCCUGAUCCGUCCAGGUUGACCCUCUCGGACAAUCCAGCGGCCGCUGCUCCCUAUCCCGACAGACCUUCAUCCCGGGCCCGGCCUGUAUAUCCACCUGGGUAUGGAAUGCCUGACCCACGUCCUAGUUCUGCAUUUGGGAUCAACCCCAAUAUCCGCAACACGGCUCCUACCUACAACCGUGCGGCAUCAUACGGGCCGGGACCUAUGGGCUACCGGACUCCAGGGCCCAGUACCCCAUCCACUGCCAGCCCCACAAGCCCAGCCCCUACAACUCCCAAGCUUGAUAUCGGCUACUCGGCACCGCUCGAUAACUCCAACGCGGACGCCCGGAGACGCCCUCAGCGGCUUGACAACAUGCCCCCAGACCGUAGACCACCAAGAGGUCCUGCCUCGCCUCACACGCACCCGAUAGGUUCACCUCGUCCAGCUGCUUCCUCUUCCACCACGUCAUUCCCUCCACGUACGGAGUCUAUGCCCAUGCCAAAUACUCCAACAAUGUCCAAGCCUCCGCCGCAUUCGUCCACGCCGAAAUCCUCUUCAGCCGCAUCCACCCCUAAGCCUGCUCCGCCGACAUCGAGCGCUGCCGGCCAGAAACCUGUAGCCGCAGCACCCGUCAAACCGCAACCUGGUCUUCCGGGCAAGGGGCCCAAGACUUUUGAGGAAAUGGGGGUUCCAGCUGUACAGAAAGACAGUGAUUGCAUCGUCAUGUGAUACCCCUGCAAUAUCUGUCCCAUGAUACCUUCUCCGCUUGUGCUAUCUUCAGAAUGUCUUAGGAAGAGCCUGUGCCAUGUUAAUUCUUCCUUGCCUCAAAAUAUCCAAAAGGGUUCGACUAGCCUGGAGACGAAUACCAUGGAGAGGCAACUUACGAACCUAAGUUUUAGUUGGAGCUUUGUAUGUUCUUGAAGAGUGAUCAUGUGCUAGCAACUCGCCACAAUCUUUGGACCGCAUAGUCUUUUCCCCUGUGGUAUCAAGAAUGCCAUUGUAGAAUGAAUCAGCGAUCUACAGCGCACCAAAUAAUUGUUCUUGAG